AUGUCUUCUUCCGCUACUGUUGAACCUAAUGAGGCGUUUGAACUUAUUACCAAGAACUUGCAAGAAGUCUUGAACCCACAAAUCAUCAAAGAUGUGCUUGAAGUACAAAAGAGACAUUUGAAAUUGUACUGGGGUACAGCACCCACCGGUAGACCCCACUGUGGCUACUUCGUUCCUAUGACCAAACUAGCUGACUUCUUGAAGGCCGGUUGUGAGGUCACCGUGCUCUUAGCUGAUUUGCACGCCUUCUUGGAUAACAUGAAGGCACCUUUGGAAGUCGUCAAUUACAGAGCCAAAUACUACGAAUUCACCAUCAAAGCUAUCUUGAGAAGCAUCAACGUUCCAAUCGAAAAACUAAAGUUUGUUGUGGGUUCUUCCUACCAGUUGACAGCAGACUAUACCAUGGACAUAUUCAGAUUGUCCAACAUUGUCUCACAAAACGAUGCGAAGAGAGCUGGUGCUGAUGUCGUCAAGCAGGUCGCUAACCCACUGUUAAGCGGGUUGAUCUAUCCCUUGAUGCAAGCAUUAGAUGAACAUUUCCUUGACGUAGACUGUCAGUUCGGUGGUGUCGACCAAAGAAAAAUUUUUGUCUUGGCUGAGGAAAACUUGCCAAGUCUGGGCUACAAGAAGAGGGCACAUCUAAUGAAUCCCAUGGUUCCGGGACUGACUCAAGGUGGUAAGAUGUCUGCAUCUGAUCCAAAUUCCAAGAUUGACUUAUUAGAAGAACCAAAACAAGUCAAGAAGAAGAUCAAUAGUGCAUUUUGUAGCCCUGGUAACAUCGAAGACAACGGGUUGUUGUCCUUUGUAGAAUACGUCAUUGCACCAAUUCAAGAAUUGAAGUUUGGCGCAAACCACUUUGAAUUUUUCAUUGAUAGACCAGAAAAAUUCGGUGGCCCAAUAACCUUCAAAGCCUUGAAAGACUUAAAAUUGGCUUUCAAAGAAGAGAAACUGUCCCCACCUGAUCUGAAGACAGGGGUUGCUGAUGCCAUCAAUGAGCUACUGGCACCAAUCAGAGAGGAGUUCGCCACUAACAAAGAAUUCCAAGAAGCCUCCGAGAAGGGCUAUCCAGUCGCAGCACCACAAAAGACCAAGAAGGCCAAGAAACCAAAGAACAAGGGUUCUAAGUACCCAGGAGGCGCCAAGACUGAUGAGGUUGCUGCCAAAUUAGAAGAAACCAAGUUGUAA